AUGCCAAUCCCUAUGCCCACAGGUCUGACACCGGGAACAGUCCUAAUCAUUCUGGCUGGUCGUCACCGAGGAAAGCGAGUGGUGUUCCUGAGACAACUGGCCUCCGGUCUCCUGCUGGUGACGGGACCCUUCAAAAUCAACGCCUGUCCCCUCCGUCGUAUGCACCAGCAGUUCGUGAUCGUGACGUCCACUAAGCUGGACAUCUCGGGCGUCAAAAUACCCGAUCAUAUCGACGACAAGUACUUCAACGUGAAGAAAGACCGGUCGCCGAAAGGCAAGAGAGGCGACGGCGGAGACAUCUUCGACACGAAGGCCGAGGCCUGGAAGCCACUGCUCGCGGCCUUCCGGCUGGUCUAG